CUCAUUCCAUUUCACAUUCUACUGUGUGUAUUUUUAUCUGUGUGUGUGUUUACUGUGUGAGAACUGAAAAACCUAGGGUUUCCAUGGCGGCGGAAAGUUACAAACCCCAUGCAGUCUUUGUCCCAUUCCCAGCACAGGGCCACGUAAACCCCAUGCUCAAGUUAGCCAAGCUCCUCCACAACCGCGGCUUCUUCAUAACCUUCGUCAACACCGAGUACAACCACCGCCGCCUCCUCAAGUCCGGCGGCGGCCCGGCCGCCCUGGCCGGAUUGCCUGACUUCCGGUUCGCCACCAUUCCCGACGGACUCCCGCCGUCGGAAUUGGAGGACUCCACACAGGAUAUCCCUUCUCUCUGCGACUACUGCAGCAAGACUUGCUUGGAGCCGCUCUGCAACCUCCUUACAGAGAUCAACAGCUCCGGCGAGGCGGGUGUGCCCCCGGUGACCUGCAUUGUCACCGACGGGUUUAUGUGUUUCGCACUGAAGGCGGCGGAGGCGUUCAGUCUGCCGGCGGCGGUGUUCUGGACGACGAGCGCGUGUGGAUUUUUGGCGUACACGCAUUACAAGUAUCUCGUGGAGGAAGGUUUCGCUCCCCUCAAAGACAUGAAUCAAAUAAGUGAUGGGUAUCUGGAGACAACAUUGGACGAAGUACGAGGAAUGAAACAAAUCAGAUUGAAGGAUUUCCCUUCUUUCAUCCGUACAACAGAUCCCGAAGACAUAAUGCUCAAUUUCUGCAUCCAAGAAACCGACGCCACACACACAGCCAAAGCCAUAAUCAUUAACACAUUCGACGCGCUGGAACAAGACACCCUCCACGCGCUCUCCGCCACGUACGCCCCACUCCCCAUCUACACGAUCGGCCCACUCCUCAAUCAAACCACACGCGCCGCCUCCAGUCUCUGGAAAGAAGACAACAGCUGCAUCAAAUGGCUCGACGCCCAACACCCCGGCUCCGUACUGUACGUCAACUUCGGCAGCAUCACGGUGGCGACACGUCAGCAUCUGGCCGAGUUCGCGUGGGGCCUCGCCGACAGCCGCAAACCUUUCCUCUGGUGCGUCAGGCCCGAUGUGGUGGUGGGCGGCGGAGCCGCCCUGCCGCCGGAAUUCACGGCGGAGGUUCGCGACAGGGGCAUGGUGGUUGGGUGGGCCCCACAGGAGCGGGUGCUGAAGCAUCCGUCUACUGGAGGGUUCCUAACGCACUGCGGGUGGAACUCGACAAUAGAAAGCAUUGCCAAUGGUGGUUUGCCUUUGAUUGGCUGGCCGUUUUUCGCGGAGCAGCAGACCAACUGUAGGUACAGUUGCGUGGAGUGGGGGAUUGGGUUUGAGAUAGAUACCGAUGUCAAGAGGGCUGACGUGGCGGCGGCUGUGAUCGAGUUGAUGGACGGUGAUAAGGGGAAGAAGAUGAAGGAGAAGGCGUUGGAAUUGAAGAGAAAAGCAGGGGAGGCAACUGCACCGGGUGGUUCUUCUUUCAUGAAUUUGGAUAAACUCAUCAAUGAUGUUCUUCUUCGCUAAUUAAUUUCGUGUGCUUCAUGUUAGGCAAACAAGUGCACGUGCGCGUUCUUUAUUAAAUAAUAAAGCGGACAACGAAUAUAUAGUUGUUGAUCGAAUAACUUAUUAUUUCUCAUUAUGAGUGCUUAAGUAAUGAAAACUAUAUAUUGUUUUUCACUUUUUGGUGCCAAUUUGUUUGAAACCUAGCACUUCAGU